GAAGAAGACAUGGCACCAGAACAAUGGAAAGCUCAGCUGUGACCUCCUUUAAGGCAACACCUGUGUUGGCAAACAUGUUCCCUCCAUCUGCAGAGAGGAGCAAAGAGUGGACGGUGUGUGGAGUAAAAGGAGACGACGCAGGUGGGCAGAGCUUCAAGUCAAUAAGGACUUCAAUGAGGACUUUUAUUUUGAUGCUUAAAUGCACAGCUCUCACAUGGCCGGCAGCAAGUGGUGACAGCAACACAGCUUGGAGGUUUUAUUAAGUGGACCAGUUGCCAUAGAGACGCGUUGGCAGGAUAUUGCCGGGAUAAGGCGUAAUGGGUCUCCUGACGCAGUUCGCUCUGCUCCUCUGGAAGAACUUCACUCUGCGAAAGAGACAAAAGGUGCGGUUAGUCGUGGAAAUUGUUUGGCCUCUCUUCCUGUUCUUCAUCCUGGUGUGGGUUCGCUUCACAAACGAGCCAACGUACAAAGGCCAAUGCCACUACCCGAAUAAAGCCAUGCCGUCGGCCGGCGUCUUGCCUUGGAUUCAAGGCAUGCUGUGUAACAUUGACAACCCCUGCCGGAGUCACCCGACACCAGGGGAGACGCCGGGACAAGUCAACAACUUUGACAACUCCAUAAUUUCUGGGAUGCUGAUCGAGCUGCAAGACCUCCUGGUAAACAGAUCCAUCGUCAGGAAUGUCCAACGACUAGUUGAUGAUGCCAACCAGUGGACUCUGGUCCUCUCCCAGUCCAGCUUCAGUAAUGUAGCGCUAAGGAGCAUUCUACAAGACAACGAAACAUUGUCGGCACAUUUGAGAGAGGAUUUGUCAGUGCCGCUUCCUGUGGUCGAAAGCCUCAUGACCGCAAAGAUUUACACCAGUCCGAUGACAGGCGUCCUGACACAAGGACAGCUGGUGGACAUCCUCUGUGAAGGUGAAGACAUAGACCAGUACAUCCAGUUCAGCAGCCCAGAUGAAAAGGACGCCUUUAAGAACGUCAGCUGUUCGCUGAGCCCUCAAGAGCUUGGAGACACCCAGCAGGAGUUCCUGCAGAACCUGGACCCCAGAAAAGUGUUUGGACGGCUAUUUUUGGAUGCAGCGGAUGUGCCAGCACUGCUUGCAAAAACCACAACAGAUGCGCUACCAGUGCUGAAGGAGGUGAAUCGCUUGCAGAACUCAGGGAUUGUCCAACUGUCUUCUUCGUUGGAAUUCCAAGGGGACAUGAUUGGCAGCAUCAAUAUGCUUCUGUGUGGAUGGCAGCUUGACACCAAUUCCACCAACGUGACCCUCGCUACCCCAGAGACAAGACAAGUGCUUAGCAACCAGUCUGUCUCCAGUGAGCACAACACUUCUAGUUCUUUUUGUCAAAGCCUGGUGGACACACUGAAGGGAACCCCUGGCCUGCGCUACCUUUGGAAGACCUUCAAGCUGUUUUUCCAAGGCAAAGUCCUUUUCACACCGGACACCCCUGCUGCUCGCCUCAUCAUGAAAGAGGCUAACAGCACCUUCAACGCCUUGGCUAUACUAAAAGAAAUGGCCGACGCAUGGAACAAGCUGGGGCCGCGUGUUUGGGAUUUCUUCCAGAACAGCCCACAAGUCAACAUAAUUCGGAAGCUGCUGGCCAAUCCGAUGUUUGCAGCAGUGCUCGACCAGCGUCUGAAUGGCACAGGCUUGACGUCAGCGCUUAUCGCCAACUUCCUCUACAAUGGUCCCCCGGAGGGUCGACCCGCUGACAUGCCGCCGUACGACUGGCGGAACUUUUACAACACCACCACCCAGAUGUUACAGUUUCUCUCCGACUUCUUGGGCUGCUUGGACUUGAACAAGUUCGAGGCGGUGCCGAGCGAAUCCCACCUGGUGAGCGAAGCCUUGGAGCUCCUCAAAAAUGACACUUUCUGGGCCGGCGUAGUCUUUCAGAACCUGGAGCCCGACUCCGACCAGCCGCCUCCUCAUGUGAGGUAUACGAUCCGCAUGGACAUCGACGAGCUGGAGCGAACCAACAAACUGAAAGAACGAUCAUGGUCUCCCGGGGCCCGAGACAACUCUGCUAAUGACCUGCGCUACAUCUGGGGAGGCUUUGCCUAUCUGCAGGAUAUGAUGGACCACGGCAUCAUAAAAACACACACGUCCAAGACACAACCACUUGGCGUUUUUGCUCAGCAAAUGCCAUACCCUUGCUAUGUAGAUGACACGUUCCUGCGAGCUCUGGCGCGCUCCCUCCCCUUGUACAUGACGCUAGCCUGGAUUUACUCUGUGGCCAUGAUCAUUAAGAGCAUCGUGGCUGAGAAGGAAGCCCGACUCAAGGAGACGGUGCGGAUCAUGGGCCUGAGGAGUUCCAUCCAUUGGCUGAGCUGGACUGUGUCCGGUGCGGUACCAUUGGCUGUCAGCUCUCUGCUUCUUGCACUUAUACUCAAGUACGGUAAAGUACUCCAGUAUAGCGACCCCACUGUCAUCUUCGUCUUCCUACUGGUAUUCUGCUUGGCCACCAUCACCCAGUGCUUCUUCAUCAGUGUCUUCUUCUCCAAGGCCAACCUGGCGGCGGCGUGCGGCGGUCUCAUCUACUUUGUCCUCUACCUGCCGCACGUCCUCUGCUAUGCCUGGAGGGACGUCCUCAGUUUUGGGGUUAAGGUUGCCGCGAGUUUAUUGUCCUGCGUGGCUUUCGGCUUUGGAUGCGAGAACUUCUCCAAGUACGAGGAGCAAGGUGUCGGCAUCCAGUGGUCCAAUGUGGGACAGAGUCCCGAGGACGGCGAGCGCUACACGUUCAUUGUGUCCAUCGCCAUGAUGCUGUUCGACGCCGUCCUCUACUGGACGCUCACGUGGUACAUUGAGAAUGUCUUCCCAGGCCAGUAUGGGAUCCCCAAGCCCUGGUACUUCCCUUUUACUGCAUCUUAUUGGUGCGGGAGGACACCCUUGCCUUCCAUUGUUGACGACCUGCAGAAGGACACGAACUUGGGCAAUGAAUAUCUGGAAAAGGCCGACCCCAAUAUGACAGCUGGGGUGUCGGUGCGGAACCUGGUGAAAAUCUACAAGACUGGAAAGAAGCUGGCUGUGGACGGGCUGAGCGUGGACUUCUACGAGAACCAGAUCACCUCCUUCCUGGGCCACAAUGGCGCCGGAAAAACCACGACGAUGUCCAUCCUCACGGGCCUCUUCCCACCCACAUCUGGUACCGCCCUCAUCAACGGCUACGACAUCCACACCGACGUAGACAGCAUCCGCAAGUACUUAGGAAUGUGUCCUCAACACAACGUCUUAUUUAAUGAGCUAACAGUGGAAGAGCAUAUAUACUUCUACGCCAGGUUGAAGGGACGUAGCGCCACUGAGGUGAAAGCGGAGAUGGACCAAAUGAUUGAGGAAAUUGGCUUGCCGCACAAGCGGAAGGACCUUGCCAAGAACCUAUCAGGUGGUAUGCAGAGAAAGCUGUCAGUGGCGAUAGCGUUUGUCGGCGGAUCAAGAAUAGUAAUCUUAGAUGAACCCACAGCAGGGGUGGAUCCCUACGCCCGCAGGGGGAUCUGGGAAUUGCUGCUAAAGUACAAACAAGGUCGCACUAUCAUCCUGUCCACGCACCACAUGGACGAGGCGGACAUCUUAGGCGACCGCAUCAUAAUCAUCUCCAAUGGCAAGAUGCGCUGCUGUGGCUCGUCCCUCUUCCUGAAGAAAUGCUUCGGCAGCGGCUACUACCUCACGCUAGUAUGCGAUGGGGUGGGCAAGAUGAGCGCACAGCGGGGCGGCGUCCUUAUUGAUCAGGCCAAAGAGGAGCAGCGACGCGCUUCCAAGCGAUGCAGCAUGGACGGCCACAUCGGGAGAUACACAUGGAACAGCAUGGAGCCUUCAGAUUUGACAGCACUCAGUCAGCUGGUGCACCGCCACAUCCCCCGGGCGCUCUUCUUGGAAUGCAUCGGACAGGAGAUCACCUACAUCCUGCCCUACGAUGGAGCCCAUGAUGGCUCCUUUGCCCGGCUCUUUCACGAUCUCGACCUGGCCAUGGCCGACCUGGGCUUGACCAGCUAUGGCAUCUCCGACACCACGCUGGAAGAGAUAUUUUUAAAAGUGGCAGAAGAUCCGGGAGCGGAUGCAGACAUUUCACACACAACAAAACGGGAGAGAAGCAGCGGAAAAUCCAAGCGGAACAGCAUUGUCCUCACCACCACCGUCCAUCCCGAAACGGAACAACAGGACGAGACGAGUGGUGAUGAAAAGAAGUUUGCAAGUAAAGUGGAAGAUCUACAGAGGAGUGGUGGUGGCGGACGAGGCUCGGCGGUGGUCACCGGAUGGGAGCUGAUCAGGCGUCAGUUCCUGGCACUCUUCAUCAAGCGCUUCCACCACGCCCGGAGGAGCCGCAAGGGACUCAUUGCCCAGGUGGUGUUGCCUGCCGUUUUUGUAUGCCUCUCCCUCAUCUUCUCACUCAUCGUCCCGCCGUUUUAUGAAUAUCCCAGGCUGGAACUCCAGCCCUGGAUGUACGGAUUGCCUCAAAGCACCUUUUUCAGUAAUGAUGCAGCAGAUAACACUGAGGUGUCUCAGGUGGUGGAAACCCUGGUGAACCAACCUGGCUUUGGUACCCGCUGCAUGGACGGAGAUCCCAUUCCGAAUCUGCCUUGCGUAUCCCUUGGCUCUGAUUGGCUGACUCCGUCUGUGGAUCAGUCAGUGGCCGACAUCUUCCUCCACGGCAACUGGAGCAUGUCUGACCCCUCACCAUCCUGUCAGUGCAGCACUCCUCAACGGGCCAUCAUGCUGCCCGACUGCCCCCCCGGUGCUGGGGGCCUGCCGCCUCCUCAGAGGAUCCAGAACACAACCGAUACGCUCCUGGAUAUGACAGGACGAAACAUGACGGACUUCUUGGUCAAGACGUACAAGUACUCGGGCAAAACAAGGUAUGGAGGGAUCACCGUUGGGGCAGUCAAUUCUCAAGUGCGUCUGAGUGAGGCGGCCAUUGAAGCCACGAUGGAGAAUUUAAAGGGACUCUUUGGUUCUUUCCAGGUAAACAUGACCGACGAGAUAUUCCAGACCAGUGAGACUCUGCUGAAGAAGCUUGGAACAAAACACAACGUCAAGGUGUGGUUCUACAACCAGGCAUGGCACGGCGUGGUGUCCUUCCUCAACGUGGCCAACAAUGCUAUCCUGAGAGGGAAUCUGCAGACGGGACAGGACCCCCGCCUUUACGGCAUCACCGUGUCCAACCACCCCCUUAACCUAACCAAAGAACAGCUGUCCUUCAUGGCCCUGGCCACGACGUCCACUGAUGUGGUGGUGUCCAUCUGCGUCAUAUUCGCCAUGUCCUUCAUCCCCGCCAGCUUCGUCCUCUUUCUCAUCCAGGAGCGUGUUAGCAAAGCCAAACAUCUUCAGUUUGUCAGCGGAGUCAACCCGGCCGUCUACUGGCUGGCCAAUUUCGCCUGGGACAUGUGCAACUACGCCAUCCCGUGCGUCAUCGUCAUCGUGAUCUUCCUGUGCUUCCAACAAGAAUCGUACGUCUCGCUGCACAACCUGCCUGCUCUGGUUUUGCUUCUGGUUCUCUAUGGGUGGUCCAUCACCCCCAUGAUGUACCCAGCGUCCUUCAUCUUCAGUGUCCCCAGCACUGCCUACGUGGUGCUAACAUGCAUUAACCUCUUUGUCGGCAUCAACGGCAGUGUGGCCACAUUCGUCAUGGAGCUCUUCGACGACGAGACAGUGUCCUACAUCAAUGACAUCGUCAAGCAAGUGCUCCUCAUCUUCCCUCAUUUCUGUCUGGGCAGAGGAUUGAUUGACAUGGCCAAGAACCAAGCCAUGGCUACACUCUUUAGCAGCUUUGGGGAGAACCGCUUCCAGGAUCCGCUUAGCUGGGACAUGGUGGGCAAGAACCUAUGUGCUAUGGCCAUACAAGGGGCGGCCAUGUUUGCAAUCACCAUUCUCAUCCAGUACAAGUUCUUCUGCAAGCCGAGGCAUAUUUCUGCAACUCCGCUAUCCGCCGAGGAGGAGGACAUCGACGUUGCUCAAGAACGGGAUCGGGUGUACACGGGAAAAGCCCAGAAUGACCUUUUGAGGAUCUACGACCUGACUAAGGUGUAUCCAGGGAAACGUACCCCUGCUGUUGACCGUCUAUGUGUGGGUGUGCCUGCAGCAGAGUGUUUUGGCUUGCUAGGAAUCAACGGUGCCGGGAAGACCACCACUUUUAAGAUGCUAACAGGUGACAUCCCUGUCUCUUGCGGAGAGGCCUUCCUCAAUGGAUACAGCAUACGAACAGAAAUGGCACACGUGCACCAGAACCUGGGCUACUGCCCCCAGUUCGACGCCAUCGACGAGCUGCUAACUGGCCGGGAGCAUCUGGAGUUUUACGCCAGAUUGCGAGGUGUUCCGGAAAAAGAGGUCGCCAUGGUGGCCGAGUGGGGCAUCCACAAAUUAGGCCUGGUCAAAUACGCCACAAAAUCAGCAGGGACAUACAGCGGCGGGAACAAGCGCAAACUGUCCACUGCCAUCUCCCUGAUUGGUUCCCCUACAGUCGUCUUCCUGGAUGAGCCAACCACUGGGAUGGACCCCAAAGCUCGGCGCUUCCUGUGGGACUGCAUCUUGAGUGUCAUCAAGGAGGGACGCUCUGUCAUUCUCACCUCACACAGUAUGGAAGAGUGUGAAGCACUGUGCACGCGCAUGGCCAUCAUGGUCAAUGGGCGCUUCAAAUGUCUCGGGAGCAUCCAGCACCUCAAGAACAGGUUUGGUGAUGGCUACACAGUGAUCAUACGGGUCUCCGGCUCCCCUCCACUGUUGAAACCCGUAGAGGACUUUGUCAGUCAUGCAUUCCCAGGAAGUGUCCUGAAGGAGAAGCACCACAACACGCUGCAGUACCAGCUUGCUUACAGCCAGGGGGCGCUGGCGCACAUCUUCAACCAACUCAGUAGACAGCAGGAGAAGCUGUGCUUGGAGGACUACUCUGUGUCCCAGACCACUCUAGACCAGGUGGCGGGGGCUGAGGAUUUUUUUUUUUCUCACAAUUGCUUUAAAUUGUGGGGCUUAUUGUUGAUCCCUGUCUACCUUAUAGACUUACUUGACCUUGUUUUUUUUUUACCCAACGACCCACCACCAUCGCACACUCAGUGGUGAGUGUGUCUACUCUCAAAAGCCUGCUAUUACCUCAGCGUCGGACGACCAGGUGGGAGGCGAGGAUGACCUCUAAGGAGGCCAGAAAGGUCGUUGGCCCACACCACGGGCUCUUGGAAAAUGUGUUGUCUAAUGUGGCAGUUGAGUGUUUUCCCAAAAGUCCAAAAAACUGGGGGGAAAUAAACAUUAUUGUCCAGUAUAUUCUGCAUAUGUAUGCAUUAACCCUUGCUGUUAGCCUCAGACCUGCAGAUGUCAGUAUGUAAAUCAAAGCUGAGACAGGAGGUCAUGUGACGAGGUCGCACGGAACCUGUCGGGAGGUCGAGACGCUCGCCACUCAGUUGGUGAUUUAUCAAGAGGAGGACUCGACCUCAAGUAGAGCUCUGGGCUCACACUACAAUUAAUAUUGAUCCCAGCCAGCUAGGCUUGCGCUGAUAUGUGGACGGGAAAGUCACCAUUUUGAAAGGAGAACGUGACUUUAAUGGCAAAAUAAUUUGAACAAAUGUGAUUGAAUAUAUGAACAUGAAAAAAGCAUUUUUAAUGUAAAACUGGUCAAUUUUAUUGAGAAUAAAAGCCUUGAUAAUGCGCACUUCCAGUCCUAUAGUUGACGCUAGUUGACGCGACAGUGGUUGACUAUCAAUUGAAGACUGAGUGGUUUUAUAUGAAUUAAUAAAAAACAUUAAAUUAGUUUAAAUACAAUAUUUAAAAAUAUUUACAUUAAAAAAUGGCAUUAAAAAUAGGACAAUAUUUUAACAGCACAAUAUUGAAUAUUGAUUCUUAUAAUAAAUCUAGUUUUCCACACUUUAAAUGCCUCCACGUGUAAUUUUACUGCCAAAAUAUAUGCAGUGUUUUUCAUUUUUAAAUAUUUUGGAUUUGUACAGCUACUUUUAUAUUAUUUUAUGGACUUUUUCACUAUUUUUUCUUAUUUUUGUAACUAUUUUUUGUAAAUAUUCUCUAGCUAUUUUUUCACUUAUGCUGAGGUUUUACAUUCCAAAAUAAAAUAGUUUUAUUCAAUUUUUUGGUUUUAUUUUCUUUAUUUUCUGCUCAUUUCUUUUAUGUGCCGUGGAACCUCGGUAAGCGUUUCCACAAGGUCUGACUCAAAGUGAAGUGGGGGGGGGAGAAUGCGAUUUCACGACAGCAGCGGACCUGAAAAAAGGCUGAAAAUUGAUCAAUAAAAAAAGCAGAGGCUUGUGGCGUAAGUGUGUUACUUAGCAAAGAACUACAUAGUCAACCACUGAUGACAUCAUAGACGGCCGACUGAGCUGGGGUACAAUGACUUCCUGUUCCGGUUUCCAGUUCAGAGCACGCUAACAUUAAGGACACAGUGGGACUCACACGCUGUUUUAAUAACACUUGAAGGUGUACUAACCAGGAAAUGGACGCAAACCGUGGCAACAUUUUUGUGUACAUUUUCGGGAUAAAUCAACAGGCAAACUGGCUGACUGGGCUAAUUACACUGUGGUUUGAUACUCCUUUUAUAUAUUCAUCUACCACUGUUUGUCUCUUUUUUUUAUGUGAUUUAUGACGGUUUCAUUUU